AUGUAAAAAUUGCAUAUAAAUCUAAAGAGUGCAUCAUACUAAAACUUGUAAAGAGUAAAGUCUCUUGAUUUACUCAGCCCAGUAUCACAAAGAGUUUUAGAAUAAGUUCGCAUUCAAGAAUUUAAAAAUAUUAGAACCUCAAAAAAAAAAUUCAACUCACCAUUAAAAGAGGUUUUACAUUUAGACUCCAAUAAAAAAGAUCUCAAAACUCAUUUACCAAGCAUUAGCUAAAUUCCUAACUCAGAUUUAGAGAUUAGUAAUAAGAUAUCAAAAAUAAAACUAAAGAUUGUGCCCAGAGAAGAAAACGAGUCAAAACUUAAUUUACAGAAAUUUAAAUUUAAUGAUCGAAAUACUAUUAGGCCAAACAAAGUAUGUAUCAAAAAAAAGGAAAUGGAUAAUCAGUAAAAGAGAAGUCAAAGCUUUAAUAAUAAAAUACAUAUAAAUAAAGUUUAGCAUUAAUUUAUGGAAUAAUUAAAAAGUCUCUCAACAACAAUCCUAUAUCAUUUAUCUUAAUAAACAAAUUAAUUAGAUCGUUAAUUUGAUUAAUUGGAAAACUAAUUAUCAUUUUGA